AUGAGGAAAAAGCUCUUGAUUAUGAUCAAUCUUCUCUCUUUGGGGAGUCUGCUGACCAUUCUUAUCUGGUACGCGUUCGAGGACAGUUAUGUGGAAUUUUACCGACCCUCUCCUCAAAGAGGUGCCCCAAAGCCCUCUGAACUUUGUAAAGGCUGCAAGGAAGCCAUCGAUAAAGUAAAAAAACUCUACAAUCAAACAUGGAAAAAGCAUGAAGAGAAUUGCCACAGAUUCAGAUUACAGCUGAGGAUAAAUUGCAAUGGAUCCAACAAUGCCAUUGUCACUCAGGAAAACACUCCAGUGGGAUCUAAGAUUGUUUUUGACAAGGACAGAACCGUCAUCCCUGUGACUCCAGAGCUUUUCAAUAUCUUAAUAAAAGAGAAUCCUUUCUCAAAAAAGAGAUGGGACACUUGUUCAGUUGUUGGGAAUGGUGGGAUUCUGACAAACAGCGGCUGUGGAAAAACGAUUGAUUCAACUGAUUUUGUCAUUAGGUGCAACCUUCCUCCUCUGGAAAAUGAAUUUAAGAGUGAUGUUGGCAUGAAGACUAACCUUGUGACAGCAAAUCCAAGCAUCUUAACAAAGAAGUAUGGGUCACUGAUGGCACGUCGACGGGCGUUUGUAGACAGUCUCCACCAGUAUGGCAACUCCCUGCUCCUCUUCCCUUGCUUCUCUUUUGGUGCUUACCGUGCAGUGUGUCAGCGGGCUGUGUAUGCCAUUGAAGACAUGGAAAUUCCUGUCCAACCAAUCUUCACAAACCCUCAGUACUUACAAAGUAUGGACAAAUUCUGGAAAUCUCAGGGGGUAAAUGGACUUCGGGCUAGCACUGGAGCUUAUAUGAUUAGUCUGGCUUUGGAAUUAUGUGAAACAGUUCAUCUUUAUGGAUUCUGGCCAUUUAGUAAUCAUCCAUAUAAGCUCUUUCCCCUGACUAACCACUACUAUGAUAAUGUACCCUAUGAUAGUAGAGUCCAUGCAAUGCCAGAUGAGUUUUACUACUGGGUGCAACUGCACAACAAGGGCAUUCUCAAGCUUCAUCUUGAAGACUGUAAAUCAGGUCAGGUCUAGUUUAUAUGAUGGAAUAAAAUAAGAGUUUGUUCAAGUGACCCCCACAAAAGCCAAGACAUUUGCACUGAAAUCCAGUAUGUGUUAUUUUGAUGUUACUUUAACAAUCUUACAAAAUAUCUCUUAACUCUCUUUAAAAACCAGAGGUGACCAUGCAUUUACCAUCAUUGCCCCUGGACUCUGGAAUAAUCUCCAAGUCAA